AUCGCUACCUGUGUCCUAGACCGAACAAACGACCGCGCCACCGUGCCAGUGUUCUGGAAGCUCAUCUGCAGAUGCCCGAAAGCGGAGGCGCUGCGCGAUGCAGAUCGGGACGAGCUGAUGUGUUUUCUGCAACCGCUCGACCUGCACUAUGUCCGUCCGGCUAGACUCAAGAGCAUGGGCUUCGCGCUCUGGAAAGACCUGCCACGUCCCGGGGUGCUGUAUCAGACCAGAGGAGACAAAGUUGGCGCUUGGACCUCGAUCGGGCAUCUACCUGGCCGUGGGUAG